AUUGCCGUCGCCGGCGGACCGGGCAGCGGCAAGUCGACCCUGGCGGAACUCGUCCGCGACAAGCUCAAUGCUUCCAAUGAAAGUGCCGAUCACGAAAUCUCCGUCGUCCUGCCCAUGGACGGCUACCACUACCCGAAAGCCGAACUCAAACGAAUGGGAGAGGCCAACGACGAGUACACCUACGAGAUGAUGAUGCUCCGACGGGGUGCUCCCUUCACCUACGACCACGAACGCCUCAUUGCCGACUUGAAAACUGCCAAGGCCUCUGGGGAAGGAUCCUUUCCUACUUAUUCACGCGAAAUCAGUGAUCCCGUUUCGGGUGGCGUACAGUUGAUGAAAUCGCACCAAAUUGUGCUCUGCGAAGGUCUCUACUUAUUGGCUCAGGACGACCCCAAUUGGGAAGCACUGGGUGAAAUAUGGGACGAUCGCUGGUAUCUGAAUACACCCGAAAACAUUGUCAAGGCGCGGCUCGUCAAACGCCACUUGCAGAAUUGGAACUCCGUCAAGGUACGAAACUGG